AGCUGUAGGAUCUUUGCUGCUGCCCAGGCGCGGUACCGCGGCGGUUAGUCCGUCCGUCCGUCUCCCGCCCAACUCCCCUGGCCGUCCGCCUAACCCGGGCCCUCCGCCAGCACCGGGCCCUCCCCCGCCGCCUGCCGCAGCAACCAUGGAGCGGUUCGUGUUCUCGGCCGUGGUGAGCAGCAACUUCCUGGCGGCCUCGGUGCUCUUCGCCGUCAUCAGCCGGGCCCAGCGCGGCCCCUACAUGGACGAGGAGUUCCACGUCCCGCAGGCUCAGCGCUUCUGUAGCGGCAGCUUCUCCGAGUGGGAUCCAAUGAUCACUACGUUACCCGGUCUUUACCUGGUGUCUACUGGAAUAAUCAAGCCUGUAUCGUGGCUGCUGGGCUGGACCGAAGCCGUGGUGUGCUCCACAGCAAUGCUGCGAUUCAUUAAUCUGCUCUUCAAUACAGGGAACCUGUACUUACUCUAUGUGCUUUUGUGCAGGAUACACCAGAAGGACAAGGCUACCACUGCAUUCCAGAGAAUCGUGUCUGCAUUAACACUUGCAUCGUUUCCACUUCUUUAUUUUUUCUCAUUCUUGUACUACACCGAUGCAGGCUCAACUUUCUUCAUCUUAUUUACUUACUUAAUGUGCCUGUAUGAAAGCCACAAAAUUGCUGCCUGCCUUGGAUUCUGUGCUUUUAUGUUCCGUCAGACUAAUAUCAUAUGGAUCAUAUUCUGUGCAGGGCAUGUUGUUGCACAGAAAUUGACUGAAGCAUGGAAAACUGACUUGGUUAAGAAAAAGGAUGAAAGGACAGCUUGUAUUCCAGAUCUAACUGAAGAAACCAAGAAACUUGGUCGAUUUCUUUUGGAUUAUGUUCUUUCACUGAAGAAUCUGAAGGUAUUGAUCCUUUUGACCUGGCCGUACAUUAUCUUGGUUGUUGGCUUUCUGCUAUUUUUAUGUCUGAAUGGAGGGAUAGUUGUUGGUGACAGGACCAACCAUGAGAUCUCUCUGAAUUUUCCACAGUUAUAUUACUUCUUUUCGUUCACGCUUGCUUUCUCUGCUUCUCAUCUGAUUUCUUCUCAAAAGAUCAAUUCUUUCUUGCAUUCAGUAAAGAAGCAUGCAUUACUUUACAUCGGUUUUGGAAUUGUCUCCCUGUUGUUAAUUUGGAAAUUCACUUAUGUCCAUAAGUUCCUGGUGGCAGACAACAGACACUACACAUUUUAUAUUUGGAAAAAUAUCUUUCAGAGGCAUGAAAUGAUCAAGUAUGUGUUGGUCCCAGCGUACAUCUUUGCUGCCUGGACAUUUGUGGAAGCUUUGAAGUACAAAUCAAUAUUCUGGAUCUUAGCAUAUUUUUUCUGUUUGGCUGCUGCGACAAUUCCACAACAAUUACUAGAAUUUCGUUAUUUCAUUGUGCCCUAUUUGAUCUACAGGCUCAACAUCCCAAUGCCCUCAAGCGUCAAAAUUAUUGCAGAGCUAGCUCUGUAUUGUUUAGUAAAUGUGCUAACCCUAUAUUGUUUUUUUAAUAAAACCUUUCUGUGGCCAGAUAGGAAGGAUAUCCAAAGAUUUAUGUGGUAAUAUUUUGCAUCUUAUUUGUAGAGAGAGGCGUGACCCUUACACAUGCUUUAUACCUUUGCAACCUCUUUAAUACAUUUAAAUUUUUUUUUUUUUAUUUAAUGAUUUCUUUAUUCUGUGCAUCGUGAAGAUAAGUUUGUUAAAUUUACUGGUGAGCGAUAUUUAGCAUGUUGCAUAUAUGCCAAGAAUGCAGGGGAAUGGGCUAUUUCAAAAUUCCUAAUGCCAAGACAUCCAUCCCCAAACCUUGUUCAUCUAAUUCUUGGUGAAAUGCAUUCUCUCUGUUGGCGUAAGAGACCAAUUCCUCUUUUUAUCUCUGUAUCUGUGUUUGCAACAGUCACCCCAAGCUCCUUAUUUUCAGCCAAAGCUUUUGAAAAUUCUUUAUCUAUUCCAACAUCAAGUUCAUUUAGAAGCUGUUCUGUUGUCUGUUGUCUGUAGAUGAACUUUUAGAUUUUCUGGAGCCAAUUGGUACGAGCAUGUUGCAUGUAAUGUUUAGUUUUGUGGUUACUUUAAUGUUUGACUUGGUUACAUGUACAUUUGCUGUGAUACAAUUGUUACUAUUUUUUGUCGGGUAAUUCAUUUACUCAAUUCACACUUCAUGUGAAUUGGUUUUAGUCAUCUGUACACUAAUGAUUUUUUUUAAAUUUAAUUUGAAAAGUAAGCUAAGUUACUGACAUUUUUGUAUUGUGGAGAUUUUUUAAUGCUACAAUAUUUUUUUACUUAAAAGGGGGUUUGAAAUAGCAUUUAAAAUCUUUAUUAAUGUAAAAAUAUUACUCAAAUUCAAAUAUGCUUUUUUUAAAGGUCAAUUUGAUUUGAUUUCACGUUUCAGGUGUGUCAGAGAUAGUAAUGCAGGAUUCUUUCAGUUCUUAGUGGAUAUUUGCUUAAUUACAUUUCUGCAGGACAAUAAACAUGAUGAAAGUAUUUGCAUUUUUAUAGUA